GCUCCUGUCUUCCGCAUGGUGGGGGUGUGUUCAUUUUCCCAUGCACACUUCCUACCAUGUUCCCCCCGAGCACCAGACACUCCACACCUACUCACACGCUCGCACAGCCACACGGGAGACGUCAGCUCGUCCACAGCCGCUCUUCCCACGAUCCACACAAAAUCUGUCACCAUGGGGAAAGGAUGCAUAACGGCCACCAAAUAUUUCCUCUUCCUCUUCAACCUCCUGUUCUUCAUCUUCGGAGGGCUCAUCAUGGGCUUCGGACUGUGGGUGCGCCUGGACACCAUGAGCUUCAUGGCAGUGUUGCAGGACUCCUCGGACACGGUGAACGUGGCGUCCUACAUCCUCAUCGGGGUGGGCGCCCUCACCAUGUCCAUGGGCUUCUUCGGCUGCAUCGGCGCCGUCUAUGAGAUCCGGUGUCUGCUGGGCCUGUACUUCACCUGCCUGCUGCUGAUCCUCAUCGCCCAGGUGACCGCCGGCGUGCUAGUGUACUACCAGCAGGAACAGCUGAAGACGGAGCUCUCCAACAUCAUUAACGGCAUGCUGGUCAACUACACGGGCCAGAACAAAACCACGGACCAAACCUGGGACUACAUUCAGAGGACGAUGCAGUGCUGUGGUUGGAAUGGCCCGGGUAACUGGUCGGAGAACCUGGUGAUCAAGAACAGCACUGGUUUCAUGUACUCGUGUUCCUGCCGUAACGAAACUAGGCCGGGCACGUCGAUGGCGGAGAGCGGUCUGUGUGACAGCCUCUCUGUCGAGCUGCCCGUCUUCGAAACGGGCUGUGAAAGCAGCGUGGAGGGGUGGCUCCAUGACAACAUGGGAGUUAUUCUUGGAAUCUGUGUUGCAGUCGCUGUCGUGGAGCUCCUGGGAAUGAUCCUGUCGAUGUGUCUGUGCAAGAGCGUCGUGGUGGAGGACUACUCCAAAGUCCCCAAAUACUGAGCUUCAAACCAGCUGUAGCACACACACACACACACACACACACACACACACACACACACACACACACACACACACACACACACACACACACACACACACACACACACACACACACACACACACACACACACACACACACACACACAGAGAGAGAACUCCUCUCCCUCUCCCACACCAUCACACUCCCUCUAUCGUGUUCUAUCUCCCUGCAUGUUUGUGUGCGUGUGUGUUUAAAGAGAAACACACACCCAGGACAAAAUAUGUCCCUCUACCGUUCACUCAUACACAGAACACACGGCAUAGCAGCUGUCACCACGCUCUCUGAGCAGACAGCUGUGUACAUUUCUUAUUUUAAGACACACCCACAUGCACGUGUUUGUGUGUGUGUGUUUGUGUGUGUGCGUGGUUGUUCGUGGAAGCCUCUCAGUCCAGCUGGACUCGUGGACUUCAUGGAAUGAAUCGUUGGCCUCACGUUGCCACAUGAAUGAAAUAUUGUAGAAAUCAAAUGAAAGGAGUCGUUGUUUAUUUUGGUGGGAUGCAAGAGUUGUAGCGUCCUUUCUUUGUAGUACGUUAAUAUUGACGUGUGAGUAGAUCCUUGCGUUGUAUCGCUUUCAGGACCUCUCUCUCUGGGCGUCUCCGGCGUCCAGACCAGAUCUGCGUGGAGACCUGCACUAUGUGGGCGAGUGUGUGUGUGUGCGUGCGUGUGUCCACGUUGCAUCCAGUGAGUUAUCAUCGUUAUUAUCAUUAUUUUCAUGUUGUCACUUUUUUCAAGUGUGUAUAUAUAUAUAUAUAUAUAUGACUAUGCGAAGGGAUUAUUGCCUUCAUCUGCGCGGUCAGCGCUUUUGCAAGGGAAGAGUGGUCUCCCACAUACCUUUUGUUUGAGUUGUUUUGUGUUUCCCUUCCUGUGUUUUUAAUGAUGUACAGACUCGGCAGCCACAGCACUAUCGAGGGCCAAAUAUGAACUCAGAGCCCGAUAUUUUAGUUUGUCAGACUGUUAUCUCCAUUCCAACUCACCUCCUUUUUGAAGUGGCUUUUUCUAGUGGGAACUAGUUAACUUUUCAUUUUUUUCAGGCUUUUCGCUACCCUUUUGGUAAUGACUGAUUUAUUAAAAUUCAACACUUUUCGCCAACAAAAAAAAUAACAGGAAAAGGAAAUAAUAGGGAAGAAAUUUGAUUUAUCUUAUGACUUUUUAUUGUAUUUUAAUUAUAGAGCUGCUGUGCGCAUCAUUGUUUUUGACAUGAUCAUCACAUGUGUAUAUUUAAAUUACAUUUCGUCUGUGGAAACCACAAAUGUCUAAAGAAAAUCCAAAUAACAUGUUUUCCUGGAAAAGUAUAGGCCGAUUAUCAAAUCAGUAUUUAAACAAGGCGAAACUAGACACUAAUUGAGAACCGGCCACAUUAAUUUAACAAAAAAAAAAUGAAGGUUUUGUAUUUUGUUACACCUAUUUUACAUGUCCUUUGCAAAAUAACCAUAUCGUGUCCCAGUUUUAUGUUAAUUGUUUCUUUUUGUAUUUCUUUUUUGUAUUAUCAUGACUUGUCAAUAAACGAGACAGAAAUAUA